GCAAGGGUGGACCAACUGCAGAGUAAAUAAGAGCACAAAAUAGCUCGGCGCACGUAACACUGUAGCCAGCCACUCACUGUCAAGGCGCAGGAGACGACCGCGGGUGUUCUUAGCUCGUCUCGGGCAAGAAGGCUGCCGUUUCAAAUGGAAACGUGGUGACGGCAACAGAAAGUAAUACGUUCAAAAUAGAACUUCUCAAAUAGGUGGUAAAUGUUGUGCGUGAUAGUUUAACAAAAAAUACAUACGUAAAGUAGAGAGGAGCGAAAGAAUAAAACACCGCAGGGGAGUGGAGCGAGCGACGAGUCAGUGGAGAGUUGAGAGAGCGAGUGAGACCAACAGAGCAAAGUUUGUAUGACGCCGACCCAUGCUGGUUCCUGUCUGGGUACCAGACUGACCGGAGACUCUCCUCCACCAUGCAGGAUGGCGGGAUAGAGACCGGAGGCGGCAGGGUUAUUGCGAGCCCGGUGAGGAUCAACGGCGGUCAGCUGGAGGGCGGGCGCGAGUUGAGCGGCAGGAUCAACGGAGACGUCGCGGCGCUGGAGAUGAGCACCGCCGAGAUGCUCCACCUUCAGCAGCAGCAGCAGCAGCAGGUGCUACAGGCUGCUGCAAGACAUUAUUUGCUCCAACAGCAAACGGGCGGAGGACUUAAAUCACCCAAGUCAACUGAGAAACCGGCUCUGCAGGUGCCGGUGUCCAUGGCUAUGAUGACUCCGCAGGUGAUCACGUCUCAGCAGAUGCAGCAGCUGCUGCAACAGCAGGUGCUCUCCCCGCAGCAGAUACAGGUCCUCCUGCAGCAGCAGCAGAGUGUGAUGCUGCAGCAGCCGAUCUCGUCUUUUUUUCAGCAACAGCUGCAGGAAUUUUACAAGAAGCAACAAGAGCAGCUUCACCUGCAACUGCUGCAACAUCAGCAACAGCAGCAGCAACAGCAGCAGCAGCAACAGCAGCAGCAGCAACAACAGCAGCAACAGCAGCAGCAACAACAGCAGCAACAUGCUGCCAAGCAUGCAAAGGAACAGCAACAGCAGCAGCAGCAGGCGCAACAGCAGCAGCCGCAGGCACUUACAGCACAGCAACUGGUAUUCCAGCAACAGCUCCUACAGAUGCAGCAGCUUCAGCAGCAGCAUUUGAUGUCCCUGCAGAGGCAGGGUCUGAUGCAGCAAGCCCUCCAGCGCCCUGGGCUGCCACAAGGCCUCCUUCCGUCAGACCUCCAGCAUCUCUGGAAGGAGGUCUCCUCCUUGGGGUCGCACUCAGAGGAGGGCCCGAGUCUUACCAAGAACGGUGGGGGCUUGGACCUGUCACUCAGCAAUCCCGUCGUUCCGCCAGGCGCUCUGUCACUUCCCAGGACCUCGCCCACCCUGACCUACCCACCGCUGACUAACGGGCAGCACACCAGCACGGGAUCGCACAUUCAGCGCAGGGAGAGCUCUUCGCACGAAGACUUCGGCAGGGACCAUGCUCUGUACGGACACGGCGUCUGUAAAUGGCCUGGCUGCGAAACCGUCUGCGAAGAGUUUGGCCAAUUCCUCAAACACCUCAACAACGAACACGCUCUUGAUGAUCGGAGCACGGCGCAAUGCAGAGUGCAGAUGCAGGUGGUGCAUCAGCUCGAGAUUCAGCUUGACAAGGAGCGGGAACGGCUACAAGCCAUGAUGGCUCAUUUGCACAUGUGUCCACCGGAGCCCAAACAUCCACUGCAACCCCUCAAUUUGGUGUCGAGCGCAACUCUGGCCAAGAGCACGCCGGGGUCGCCGCUGCAGGGCAGGCCGCACGCGCCGCUCACUCCGACGGCCACGUCCGUCAUCACGGCGCUCCCCCAGGGCCAGCCGGUGCUGUCGCCGCACACGCUGGCGAGCAUGAACGCCGCUCGCCGUCGCCACCUGGACAAGUACAGUCUCCCGCUCGCGUCCGAGCUUAGUCAGAAUGAAGAAUUUUACCAAAAUGCAGAAGUAAGACCUCCCUUUACCUACGCGUCUCUGAUUAGGCAGGCCAUCAUCGAGACGCCCGACCACCAGUUAACCCUCAACGAGAUCUACAACUGGUUCACUCGCAAGUUCGCCUACUUCAGGCGCAACGCGGCGACGUGGAAGAAUGCUGUUCGGCACAACCUGAGUCUACACAAGUGCUUUGUUCGUGUGGAAAAUGUAAAGGGAGCGGUGUGGACCGUGGAUGAGAUGGAAUUCCAGAAAAGACGACCACAGAAGAUGACUGGAAGUCCCUCGCUAAUCAAGAGCAUGCAGACAAGUCUGGGAUACGGUGCGGCCCUGAAUGCAACACUGCAGGCGGCGCUCGCAGAGGCCAACCUUCCCCUGCUGGGCGGCUUCGGCAACUCCCUGGCGUCAGCGGCCGCCUUCAUGGGCACUGCCCCGGAGGACCUCAACGGCCUCCUGGAGCACAGCAGCAACGGCAGCAACAGCCCCAGGCACUCGCCCUCCCAUGCGCUACACUCCACGAACGUCAAGGAGGAGCCGUUGGAGGAAUGCGAAGGCCCCCUGUCACUGGUGGCGAUGGGAAGCCAGAGCCCCGAUCUGGAGGACGAUAGGGAUCUCGAUGACGACCACAAUCUCAUGGUGGAGAUGGAAUGACGGCCUCGCGAAGGAGACUCCUUGGGGGACGUCAAAGGGGGUGUGGACCCAAAUCGAGUGCGUCCUCUGAACUGCGUUUCAAAAGAGCUGACGAGCUACAGGGAAAUGAACGACAUGCCAUGAUUCUGCGGACGUUGGUAAGAUGCCAGCCUCUGUUGCGGUCACAACUUUAAUGGGUUUUUUUUUAUUUUAAUACCGUUAUUAUUUCCUCUUGUCGAUAUUGUCAUCGUUGUAAACGAUGUGGGCAUUUGUCGAACUCUUUAACUGAAGAAUGAAGCAUUUGCACAUGUCAACAAAAAUAUAAAACAUUUUGACUGUGAAUAUUCAAGAAUACGGAGGAGGACGCAGAAGAAACCAAUGUAAAGCAACCUCUGUGUAACGUUGGACGCGACUCCAUUCAAAUGAUCAGAACUGGCUUUCAAACAAACUGUUGCAGACAGUUGAAACACCACGUAUUUGUGCGGUAGUUCUUUUUAUCAAGAAAAAUGUGGACAGUUUAUUGUGAGCAGCAAAGACGAAGGGAAAUUGGGAAGCAAAUAAAAACAAACACCUUGUCAGUCGUUGACCUGAAUUAGCAGAAAGAAUGCUGGUGUUUUUUGUUUGAAAAAGCUACUCUUUGCCUUGCUGAUGAAAUGAAAAAAUAAUAAUGCCAGCUUGCAGGCAGAAGAAAAAGUAACUUCCCACUGACCUUGUCUCAGAAGGUCUGACAAAUGUAUUUUUGUCAUCAAAUCCAACUAAAUGGAACCAAAUGGUUUUUGGCAGGUUUUGCCCGCGAAUUUAUCUGAGUGUCUUUAUACCUCGGCAACCUUGCUCACCUCUCUCAUAGAAAGGAGUCAUUUGCUUUCAGUGCUGGAGCAGACCAAAGGUUUUCGUAGUGUUCCAAAUUGUUUGUGGAAAAUGAAAGGAAAGGAAAUGUUAAAACAAAGCGACAGAAAAUACAAAAAUGAAGAAACGAAAUCCCCUCCCUCCUCCUCCUCCUCCUCAACGGCAACCAUCUAAUCUGCUCCGUCAGAAGUUUCAACUCAAUUCGAUCGCUCGUGUGGGCGAAUGCACGAAGAAGCCUCGGGAGUGAUUCGUUUUUCGUUUUGUUACAUAUUCAGAGCAACGUGAAAAAAGUUCUCCGAGUUUGGCCGGUGAUGGUGAACAGAGACCUAAGGAAUGUAAAUAAUAGCAUCACGGUUAUAAUAACCCUUAUAAAUGUCACACACACACACAAUAAGUUAUGUUCGUUGGGACGUAUUUCCUCCUCGGCGAUGCCACUUGGCACGAAAUGAAAUGUAUCGUCGUGAAACUUUUAUUUCCGUGUUUUUUUUUUUUUACGCGGUGAAGUGAAACGCUCCAAGGAGCGCACCGUCAUUGGGAAACGGCGGCCGUGAGAAGCUCAACGUCGCCUCUACGUAAAUUAGCCUGACCAAUGCUCUUUUCCAAAAACCAAAAAAAAUGGUAAAACAUGAACCUCCCUCGGAGCGGACCUCAACAUACCACCGGCGAAAGGUAUUUUAUUUCAAAAUAGGUGCUUUGUAGUUAUACUACCAGUGUAAUCAUUAAUAUUUAUUUUAAUUGCUUCCCUAAUUUACCUAUGGUGUUUUUUUUAUUGCCAAAGAUAUUUUGUUUUUGUUAUUUUAAUAAUUUAGCCCAAAAAAUUAACGAGAGGAACAAAUGGACACGUGGAUGAUGAAUUAAUUCAUAAUGGGGCUGGGUAUUUUGCCAUCAAAAGUGUGUUGCCAGGCUUAAUUGAUGUUUCAUUGAACCAAAGUUUUAUUCUUUAACAUUAUUUCCAGUGUUGAAAAGGCUACGACACAAUGGACUGCAACACAUGCUUUAUUAUUUUAAAACUACAGCACUAUGAGAUAGCCCCUCUAUUUAAACACUAGACGUCAUACCAAUUUCACCAAUGUUGCAGGCUCAGUGUAGAGAAAGAAAAGUAUUACCUUUGUUGUAUAAGCUUAAAUCGAGUCCACGUACUUUCUAUAUCAUCCAAACCCUAUAAUCAUCACCCUAACCCUCUUGAACAAAACAAAACCUGAAAUAUAUAAAAACAAAUUGUGAAACGAAGGUAAUAAUUUGAUCAAGGUCACGAUUCCAGUUUUUAUUCAGUGGCCCAAGUGGUGUCUGCUCAUUCCUCACGAUUUAAUACAUUCUCAAUGGUUAUAUUUUGUUUGUUUUUUUGUGAGUACUGAAUGAUGUGUUUAGGUGUUUCCGAUUCAAAUUGUAUUUAGAAUUUUUUUGUAUUUGUCUGUGAAGCAGUGUGUACGAGGCUACAACCAGACAUUGCCUGCCCAGAACACUUGCAUUGAGUACACGAUUGGGUAUUCUAAAGGUGUGAGAUGGGAUACGUUCUUAGCACUUACAGAUCUAAGCUUUUUUUAAUGUCAUUUCCUCAAAGGCAUUCGCAAAAAAAAGCAUAGAAUCUUAGUGAAAUUGUUUUAACAAAAAAGGAAUCAAAAAGAAAAAAACUUAUUUAAAAAAAUGUAUUUUUCAAGACAGGGACGCAUCAAAAAUUGUGUGCGAUCAAACGAAGGCAGAGUGAAAACGUGCAUCACAACUUUAUGUGAUUUUGUAAAUAUUACUACAGCCUCCCAAAAAAAACCUUACUCUUUAAAUAACAUCUCUUUUUUAGAAUGCAUACCUCAGACUAGAUCAAACCUCUCUGAAAUGAACUACCCUCACAGUUUUGCACUUAGCUGUAAAAUACGUUGCAUGAAUUUUAGAGUAUAAACGCCAUUAUCAGUAGCUUAAUCAUUGUUUGAUGGUCGCUUUUUCAUUGCUGUUUAAAACAGUGUGCUCAGAUUUUGGUUCGUUAUCCAGCAAAUGUUUUUUUUGCUUUGAGCAAAAAAAAAAGACACGGUAUUUUUUGUAUUAACCUUUAAAUGUUUGGCAGACAUUGGUUAAAUGCACGAGGGUUGGAACUGCGGAUGGUUUAAACAAAACGAAUUACAGAGAUAUAGAACAAAAACUAAAUGCACCACCCGUCACCGUUUAUGUCUACCACCGGGUAUAUGAUUUUAAGAAUUUUUGCAAUCUUGAUGUUUUCUUCUAUAAUGUUGUAGCAUUAAAAAAAAACGAUGAGAAAAAUCACGAAAAAAUACAAAUAUAUGCUUGGCAUAAUGUGCAGAAGCUUUGUAUUUAAUGUAUUGCUUGUAGGGAUGUACUUUGUGCGUUUUACGUGUUGUAGCAGGAAAAGAAAUUCCGCGAUUUUUUAAAUGUUCUCCUUUCUUAAUAAACAAUGCUCUCGAAAUCUUUGCUUGAUUUUUAGACGAACAUUUAGGUAUUAAGUCAUCAUCAUCAUCGUCGUCGUCGUCACCGUCACUUAAGUUUGAAUAGAGAGCUUUCUUUUAUCCUCUCAUAAUGACAAAGAUAUUUUGGUGAAUGUUUUUAUUUCUUAAUGCCACUGCCAAACACACUUUCGCCAUUGUUCCAAAGGCACUUGCUGUCCAGUUAAGCAGCAGUGGUGCUUUAAAAUGAACAUUUCAUCACUACUUUUCAACAAAUAUUCCCCGGACCAAUCAAAUGAAGGGAAUAGUGCAUAAUCACCAAGGAUUAUCUUCAUAUUUUAAAACGAUGAAUUUAACCUGUUCAUUUUACUUUAUUUUUUAAGUGCCAAGGAAUGAGUAAUAAAGUGGAUGAUCCUUCAUUAACGUUUUGUGUAUUGCGUUUAUACGUAACGCACUGAAUGUCGUUUAAAUCUCUACUUUAAUCAUCCAAAGAUCGCGUUGGUGUUUUUUUUUCAGAAUGCAG